UCUGGGGAAGGCAGACCUGUGUGUAGAACAUGAGGCUGCUGGGUCUCCUCCUGUGCCUGCUGACAGCCCACCAGGGUGUCAGGUCCCAGGUGCAGCUGCAGGAGUCGGGCCCAGGAAUGGUGAAGCCCUCGCAGACCCUCUCCCUCACCUGCACUGUCUCUGGAUUCUCUAUCACAACUAGUAGUUAUGGCUGGAUCUGGAUCCGCCAGUCCCCAGCGAAGGGGCUGGAAUAUAUUGGGUACAUAACUGGUGGUGGAAGUACUUCCUACAGCCCAUCCCUCAAGAGCCGAGCCUCCAUCUCCAGAGACACAUCCAAGAACCAGUUCUCCCUGCAGCUGAGCUCCUUGAGCACCGAGGACUCAGCUGUGUAUUACUGUGCAAGAGACACAGUGAGGGGAAGUGUGUGGUCCCAGGUGCAGCUGCAGGAGCCAGGCCCAGGAAUGAUGCAGCCCUCACAGACCCUCUCCCUCAUCUUCAUUGUUUCUGGAUUCUCCAUCACAUCCAGUGGUUAUGCAAGGAGCUUGAUCAGCCAGCCCCCAGGGAAGGAGCUGGAGUGGAUCAAGAACAUAAAUAGUGGUGGAAGCUCUUACUACAGCCCGUCCCUCAAGAGCCACACCUCCAUCUCCAGGGACACUUCCAAGAACCAUUUCUCCCUGCAGCUGAGCUCUAGCAUCACCUGCAGCCCCACAACCCCACGCAGCAGUCCUGAAGGCACAGCUCCUCCCCAGGGACUAGUGCUGGAGAGCCCUCCUCCUGGUGGCAGUGGCUACCCAUAA